CACUCACUCUCUUCUCUAUCCAAACACAAACACAAAAACUCUCAUAUCCAAAUCCUCCUCAGAUGGAUGUGAGCUCCGUCUUCUUUGUAAGACCCAAUCAACAUCCAUUAUCGUCUCCCUUCACUUCUUGCAUUUCUCCGACCAUCUCGUUACGCCCCGAAUUAUUUGGCCCCGAAUUUCGUCGUCCUUCUCGCCGGAGAAAAUGCUGCAGCCUAGGGCUUGGGUUAGGCUUGGGUGUUCAUUUUCAUAGUCCAUCGAUUAGAACAAAGAGGAGGCUUAUCUUCAGAACAUCUGCGGCUCUGGAUCUGCAAACGGUUGUUGUUGUCGUCUCCUUUGUCGCUGUUUCAGCUCUCACCGUCUACUAUUUCAGUUACUCCAACAAAAAGCAUGAUGAUAGAUCCAAUAAGAAAUCCAAACCACUUCAUCAUACAGAUUCCCAACAAAGCUCAAGUACAGUAAAUCACACCUUUAAUGAACAAAAUUCAUCGAAUCUUGUUCUGGAAAAUGAGAAAUGUGAUGAGGGAAGCAAAUAUAUAGUUAUGGAGGUUAAAGACAUCAGCCAUGAUCUUGCUAACGAAUCAACAGAGACACAAUUCAAUGGAACAACUGCUUCCAGCAUUUUAGAAUCUUCAGUAUCAUCUGAUGUCAAAUCAUCUUUCAAAAAGGAUUUCAGUAUGUUGGACUCAUCUUUUGAGGAACCUCCUAACAUGAUGGAAUUAUCAUCUCAAGAGUCACUCAGCAUGCUUCUUGGAUCAGGUGAUGUAAUGUGUAUUCCACCCACAGAAAGAAAUGUUGUCUGUUUUGAUGAGAAACAUGAAAGUGAGCAUGAUUCUGAGUUACCUAAGCUAGUGGUGGAAACUGAGUUGAUUGCUGCUUCUGUUCCUUCAAACAGUAUGGUGGCAGGAGGUAAUGUAAUUGGAGAGAAAACCCAUGGGCUUACUAAAGAACAUGAUGCAAGUAGGUAUAACUUUCCAGAUAAGAAGUUCACCCAUAAUGGAUUACACUCCUUCUAUGAGACGAAUCAUUAUGCAAUGAGUGGCAUGGAAAAUCUUAGUAGUACAAAAGCAAUGCCUGGGAUUUCCUCUUUUGGGGAUAAAUUCUUUUCUUCAUCAGCGAAUAAUUCCAUAUUUCAUCCUGAAAGAUUUUCUGCCAAGGAGUUUCUUCAUGCUGCAGAAAAGUUUGAGGCUAAGUCGCCUAAUGGAAAAUACGAAAAUGGCACUCCUAAUGGAAGGAGAAACUUCUGGAAGAAAGGAGAAGAAAAAGCUAUGCUGAGUAAAGAUGACUUGAAAAUUUUGUUCCCAGUAUCACAAGUUAAGAAGCAAGCAAGCAACCAAGAUUAUUCAUCACAGCAGUUACGUGCUUACCAUCGAUUUCUCAAAGAGGGCAGGUUAACUGACUGCUUAGAGAAGCUUGAAUAUCUGGAAAGAAAAGGUUUGUUAGACAUGAAUAAUGUUUAUCAUAUGGGGUUUCUCCGCGUGUGUAGAAUCCAGAAAGCUGUGAAGGAAGCUUUCCGUUUUAUUAAUCUCAUUCCAAAUCCGACUUUGAGCACAUUUAAUAUGCUUAUGUCUAUUUGUGCACACUCUCAAGAUUUAGAUGGAGCUUUCGAGGUUUUGCAACUUGUCCAAAAAGCUGGAUUAAAAGCUGAUUGUAAACUCUACACAACUCUAAUUUCAACUUGUGCUAAGAGUAGAAAGGUUGAUACAAUGUUUAAGGUUUUCCAUGAAAUGGUAAACUUGGGAGUGGAGCCAAAUGUUCACACAUAUGGUGCACUUAUUGAUGGUUGUGCCAAAGCUGGUCAAGUUGCCAAGGCAUUUGGUGCAUAUGGUAUUAUGAGGUCAAAGAAUGUGAAACCAGACCGAGUUGUAUUCAAUGCGCUUAUCAGUGCAUGUGGUGAAUCAGGAGCAGUGGAUCGAGCAUUUGAUGUGCUAUCAGAAAUGAAUUCAGAGACACAUCCAAUAGAGCCAGAUCAUGUCACAAUUGGAGCAUUGAUGAAAGCAUGUGUCAAUGCUGGUCAGGUUGAAAGGGCGAGAGAGAUAUAUGGUAUGAUUAAAGAAUUCAACAUCAAAGGUACUCCUGAAGUUUACACCAUUGCUCUCAACAGUUGCAGUGGACAUGGUGAUUGGGAGUUUGCAUGCUCUGUCUAUAACGAUAUGACAAAAAACGGGAUCAUCCCUGAUGAGAUGUUUUUUAGUGCAUUAAUAGAUGUGGCAGGGCAUGCUGGGAAGCUAGAUGCUUCGUUUGAAAUUCUACAAGAAGCCAAGAAGGGAGGAAUAGAUGUGGGAAUUGUAUCAUAUAGCUCACUGAUGGGAGCAUGUAGCAAUGCAAAAAACUGGAAAAAGGCAUUGGAGCUAUAUGAGUAUGUCAAAAGCAUGAGGAUGAAACCAGUGGUGUCAAUGAUGAAUGCCUUAAUUACUGCCUUGUGUGAUGGAGAUGAACUGCCUAAGGCUGUGGAAAUUCUUUCAGAGAUGAAGAAGUUAGGCUUACGCCCAAACUCCAUCACAUACUCCAUUUUAUUGGUGGCAAGUGAAAAAAAGGACGAUUUACAAGUUGGUCUUAUGCUUCUUUCUCAAGCAAAAAAGGAUGGUGUUUCCCCAAAUCUUGUAAUGUGCCGGUGUUUAAUUGCAUUGUUGUACCGGAGAUUUGAGAAAGCUUGUAUGAUUGGUGAGCCGAUUUUGUCUCUUGACUCAGGGCGCUUGCAGAUAAACAGUGAAUGGACGACAUUAGUGUUGAUGGUAUAUAGAGAAACAGUUAAGGGUGGUAGUAUCCCAACAAUAGAAGUAUUAUCACAAGUCUUGGGAUGCUUAAGACUUCCUCAAGAUUCAUCCUUAAAAACCAGACUGAUUGAGAAUCUGGGAGUAAUUGCUGAUGAUACAUCAAAAGGCUCAAAUCUCUGCUCUCUCAUUGAUGGCUUCGGUGAAUACGAUCCCCGUGCCUUUUCUCUUCUCGAGGAAGCUGCUUCACUAGGAAUUGUUCCUUGUGUAUCUCUCAAAGAAAGCCCCAUAGUUGUGGAUGUCACAAAAUUACCAAUAUAUAUGGCUGAGGUUUACUUCUUGACAGUCUUGAAGGGUCUUAAGCAUAGACUAGCUGCUGGUGUGAAAUUGCCCAACAUAAGCAUCUUGUUGCCUAUAGUAAAGACACAAAUUAAGGCUCCCAUGGGUGAUAAAACAAUGAAUGUUGCAGGAAGAGUUACCCAAGCUAUAUCAUCAUUAUUGAGAAGGCUAAGGAUGUCAUACAUAGGAAACGAGUCAUUUGGAAAAAUCAGAAUAAAUGGUGUUGUUGUCAAGAAAUGGCUUUCACCCAAGCUUUCAUCGCCUUAUGGUGGAAAGCCAACAGGUUUUAGUUCAUCCUUGGGCAAAGGAAUCACCAAUCAGCAGCGUCACAUUCGAUCUACCAAUUUGUCUUUUGAGUAAAAACUCUAAUUCCGUUUAGAUUUGUAUAAAACAUGAGAAGAGUUAAUAAGAUCAUAAUCCUGGUCCUGGUCCUGGUCGAUCAUUAUUAUAUCCUAUAGGUACAGUUUUGAUAUACUUAGGUUUUAUAUUAUAUAUUUUCAAGUUUUUAAA